GGCCACGGCCGUUCAUUGAGAAGUCAGUGACAACCCGCCUGGCUUGUCUCUUGAUCUGCGGCCACGCCAAGCCUCGGACGUCACAUAGAUUUAGGUGACGGGACCAAAUGAUGGUCUUCUGUUUCUCGUGAAAGCAGCAAAACGUCUUCUGCCUACUGCGGAUCUUAUUGUCUAGAGCCUGUUUAUUGUUUCUGAACUCAAUGUCUAGUCUUGAUGUUAUCAAUUAGUGUAUUCUCUAUCUGGACAUGGAGGCUUAUAAUCAACUCAUGGAUUAUAACCGCUUUGUUUUAACGAAGUACCAUUAUGGAAGUUCAUCCGUGCAAGAAUAUGUCCACUUGUAUGGACAAGGUGAUUCCAUUCUAACUGGACCUAUUCAUUGACCAGACUCACACCAUGUCGGCCCUUCCGGUGGGACUCUUUGAGCAACACGGGACACUACAAAGGCUCAACAGGUCAAUGCUGGAGUCUUUAUACAAACAUAUCGUCAACGGAAGUGACGGUCACGUCAGCAAUGACCACACCAUGCGGGAUAUGUUCCAGCCCCCAACACAUCUGCUGGCCAUAUGCACGAUACUUUACAUUGCCAUCUUCAUUCUGGGAUUGGUUGGCAACAUAGCUGUCAUUCUGGUCGUCUUACAAUACAGGUCCAUGAGGACUUCUAUAAAUCUGCUGUUUUUAAAUUUGUGCCUAGCUGACCUCUUUGCCUUGCUCAUUACCGGACCAACGGUUGUAGUGGACAUCUUCGCCAAAGAGGCCUGGUAUCUGGGGGCUUUCAUGUUAUCUGGAGGCUUCCAUGUGUGA